UUUUACAGAAUCCCAUCUUUUUCUUGCGAAAUUUCCUUUAUUUUUUUUACGUCAAUUUGAUGAACUGAUGCGUCAUGGAUGCGGAGGCGAUACAAAAUGCAGCAGAGCAAUAAGAACGCACGGAUUUAACCUAAAGAAUUUGAAGAUAGAUAACGCCAGAAUGAAAGUAACGUGUAAUUCGUUCAAAAAUUGUGAUUACCAUUUUUUAAAAAAGUUUUUAACAAAAAUUUGAGGAAUUUUUGAAUUACCAAUUCCGAUGUGUAUUAUAAUCAAAGUUCUAUCGGUCAUAGGAAUAUAAGGAAUGGAUCAAACCAUUCAGUGUUUGGUGAUGGUAGUAAUGGUGAUAACAGCUCAGGGAAUGGGAACACUUCCGACGCCACAUUUUUAUGUAGACAGAGAGAAUGGCGAGACGGGGCGAUAUUACGUCACAUUACCAUCUACCGGGAACAAAUAUCUCUGCUACUAUGACAAAGCAAGUUCUCUACACAUAAAGAAUGCAUUCUCUGAACCAUGUUACGAGCAAAAUAAAGAGAUAUUGACUGAUACCGAGAAUACGACCAAAACUUAUCCUUACUUUUUCUCCAAAGUUGGAGAGCCACCAGGAUGUGGUUCCCUACCAAAUGUCACUGGUGCGAAAGACGAGUGGGCGUGUCCAAGGGGCGUGUCUCCGUUAUCAGUUCCAGUGUAUGAGUCCUGUCAUCUGCAGUGUUUCGAUGGUGCCAGCAUUAAAGUCAGAUGUACCGAGAAACUGAAGUUCGACGGCUUGACUUCUCAUAUGUGCCGUAUAGAAACUCGAACGGACAAAACGAUAAAAACAUCGUCAAUUUUUUUCUCCACUGCUAGUACUGUACCUUCAUCAGCAGAAAAUUUGCCUGGUGAAACAUUACCCAACUCACUCAUCGCAAUUAUAGUGUCUUCAGGAAUCGGGUUUUUUGUUAUCAUUUUCCUAAUGUUCUUUUUUCUUCGAAGAUGCUUGUCCACAAAUUAUAAACUUUUUCGAAAAAGGCUAUUUCAGACCGCAGCAAUUGACAUCGACCAUGUUUCAAAUUUUGCUGAUACGAAUUCUGCUGACGGCAGCACUAAUCAGGGAGCUGACUGUCUUAUUAAUAAGAAUACAAGACCUGUGUUGUAUGGAAGUGAUGAGGUCGGUCAGGUUGAAAUCGACAAGUUAACGCCAGAGGAUCUAGAUUUAGAUAACUCAGAUACUGCAAAUGAUCGUUCUUGCAUUGUCUUUUACCAAAGAACGAAUUCUUCAAGUAAUCAACACGAUUCUGUUGAAGAGGAAAGUGAAGAAUAUCUUACUGCCAACAAAGAAACUUGUGCAUCAGACUCUUUCAAUUAUCAUCAAGAUGGAAGAGAGGAAAGUAAGACUUUGUCCCCAAUCUCUCCAUUUGCAAUAUCAAAUAAACACUUUUAUCCUUUGGAUGUAUCUUCACUGAGAGGUGAAGACCCGGAUGAUGUUAGGGAGGAUGUGGCUUUCAUAGAGUGGCAUCCACAAAAGGCGGAUUAUGCAGAACCAGCCUUUCUUCCGAUAGAAUAUUCAGGAAAGAGUAGUCCAGUCUCAUGUACAACAAUAUCUGCAAUGCUGGAAGGCGCUAUGGACAACAGUGUGCAUUUUGUAGAUGACUUGUCUACAUUGCUAGACCCAGAUGUACAAUAUAAAAAUCCUCGUAACUGGCAAGGACUAGCUCAGGCAUUUCUCGGCCUGUCUUACAAUAAGAUCAUGGAAAUCCGACACAAAACAAAAGACCAUUUUAAGGAGGGCAUCUUGCCCUUACUGAGUUCCCAUGGAUACACAGUUUAUGACGUGACAAAUUAUUUUUCCUUAUUGCCGUCACGACGAGUUGACGUCAUCGAGUGUAUUCAGCGAUAUCAUCCAAAUUGUCAGAAGUGUGGAGAAAUCUAUAAUAGUCUUAAAUCAGAUUUGUUGAACGUAUCAUAAUUUAAGGAUUUGUUAAGUCAGUAAGUCAUGUUCAUAUUAAUUUAUAAUAGCUAGUUUAAAAAUGAAUUAAUAAACAAUUCAUGGAUUAAUACGUGUUGCAUGUAACUCUUUGUUUAUAUUACAUGUAUGUAUAUCCUUUUUCUCUAGCGAUAUACCAAUUGUGUAUACGUACGUUACUAUCUUCGCGGGCUUUCAAUAUUGAAUCUGAUGCUAUAUCCCUGGAGAAAUGGAUCAUUUAUUUGCAAGUCGUAAAAAAUGAUUUUAUUUCAAGUAGGAUUUUUUAGCGUUGUCAAAUCGAACGAUUUUUAGUAAUCGGUUACUUGCUUAAUUUUUGGAUGUUUUUUACAUUUCACCUGAACAUUUGAAAACAUUUUACUCACGAUAUAGAUUUAAUGUAAUAUUGAACAUACCGCAUUUGAACUUUAUUUUCAAUUAUAAACAUACAUCUGAGUAGAAUGUAAAAUGACAUAUCCGAGUAACCUAGUCGAAUCGUUCGACGGUUAACCGUUUAAUAGGGUAUUUGUUGUCAACUCUAGAUUUUUCAAAACAGUAAUCACAUCAUACACGUGUACACGUAUUUGUGGAAUGGAAUUCAGAAACUUUAAAACAAAACAUACAUGUAAAUUGCAAUAUGAAAAUAAAGCUAGAUGUCUUAAAUCAA